GCAAUGGGGGCGACGGAGUCCAGGUCGCUUAAGGAUGAGAUCACAACAAUCUCCGAGAGCAAGGGCGGUGGCGUGGAUCCAAAUUUGAAGGCGCUUCACUCGCUCAAAGUUGUAAGCUUUGUCCAUUUCAAAUUGGAAUUUGCUUCCGAUGAAGUCAGGCUGGAGCGUUGCUCCCGGGCCAUUCCUCGCCAGAGAGCGGACUCAAGGAGAUUCUCCUCGGCCAGUCUAGUCCCAGCCAAACCUCGGUUGAGAAUCUGUCUCUGGACGCCACCGCGACUGCCGAGCUCUUUUCGUUGUACCACGAGUGGCAAAAGGAAAAUGCCACAAAGCUUUGCAAGCGCCAGGUCCGAGCCUUUCAAUUCUCGUGAAGGAAAGAAGGCUGCUAAGUUUUCGUGAUGGAUGCGAUCAACAGGAAGAUCUGGGAUACAGGAUCGAGGCAGUGGAGGAAUUAGCUCUCAAAUUGUUCCAGCGCUUGGGACAUUCGGCCUCGGUGAUGAGAACUACUGCUUCGCAUCUCGAUCAAGUUGGAAAGCUUCGUAGCGAUGUCAAAGAUAUGAAGCAAAUCCUGGAAACCACGCUCCACGAGUAUAACUCGCUUUGCAAGAACAUCCAUGACAAUGGACCCGAGUUUCUAAAGCCCAGUGCCAAGCCUUUCUCGGCCAGCGAUUUUGAUAACUCUCCCUUCCAACAAUGAUAAAUAAAAUUUAAAUUUCUCUAGGGUUUAUGAGUCGCCAUGGCGGUGUGGGUAGCGCGCAAGGCGGAUCGCCGCUGCAAGUUCAAGAGGCGAUCCAAAGCGAUCUCGAUCGUGGCGGAGGAGAUUUAUUUGCGGGAUGAUAUUCCCUGCGGCAGUCCUCUAUGUUCCUCGUGUGCUUCGCAUUUGCCUCGUUUACCUCCCGACGCAUCGCAUUACCUGCUUCCAAAUGCUGAUGCUGUUCUCCAAUUCUGGGAGAUAUUGGAGCUUCCGCAAUUCUCUGCUGUGAUAUUUCUUACGUCCGUUCUGAAAGAGGUGCAAGAAAACUUAGGCCAACGAAGCUGGCGAAGGCUGCGAUCGAUCUUUACUGACCACAGGCGAUGCAACAUUGUGUUUGACGAUCAGCAUUGCAUAUAUACUUGUCUAUCACGCUGCGAAACGGCUUCUUCGAAUUAUCUGAAAGAAGUCACAGUAUGGUUUGCCAAUCACAUCAACGGAGGUGUUCCGGUGGUGCUGCUAACUGGUUUGACGUCCACGGAUUCCGGUAGAAAUUUAACCGACUCUCGCACAACUGUUGAAGUUCUCGAAGCCGGUACAUAUUUUUCAAAGUAUUGGAAUCACGAUUCUUCUGUGGCUGACCUCUUCACAUCGCUGUCUGCCACAAUAAUAGAAGCAGUUGAAGUGAAAGCCAAACUUAGUGAUGGCAGAAUGCCACCGUCCGGAGGAGGCAAGGGAUUGUACAAAGAGCAUCUAUCAACAAUUUCGUUGGAGGCUGGAAUCUCGAGAGGGGACUUGAGGGUGGGUGUCUUCUUUGUUAAUCGUCACGCACCAUCAGAAGCAUUGGUUCGUCCUAGUAAUAAAGGGGAGGCAUCGCGGCUGGAAAUUGUUGUUGCUGGUCGAGUACUCCAAAACAGGGCGAUACAUGGGGAUACAGUCGUAGUAAAAACUUGCAAGCUAAGACUCACGGAAAAUGAAAACGAAGACAUACUCAAUGAAGAUGUGCUGGACGACGAGGAAGGUAGCAGACAUUUAUCUGAUGAUGCUCUUAUUUCUGGAGAGGUCGUUGGCAUAUUACAAAGGAACCAACGAGACUACGUCGCUUGUCUCUUGGAAGAAGAUGAAGCUUUUCUAACCGCUUCGAGGCAGGAACGCUUAUUGUGCGUACCAAUGGACAAGCGCAUUCCUCUGGUCGAGGUUAGCACUCGCCAAGGACUACGUCUAUCCAAUCAAAGAUUUAUAUUGCGUAUAGAUAACUGGGAACUUGACUCGAGAUUUCCAAGGGGCCAUGUUGUGCGAUCUCUGGGUCCUAUCGGCGAUUUGAAUGCCGAACUGAACGCUAUACUGGUGGAAAAUGGAAUCUCGGUAGCUCCAUUUAGCAAUUUAUCGCUGCAGGAACUUCCUGAGGAUUCGUUGGAUAACCCGUGGAGUAUACCAGAAGAAGAAUUUGCCGUUCGGAGAGAUAUCCGGUUUUCUCAUCGUAGCUGCAGCAUUGAUCCUCCUGGAAGCAAGGAUGUGGAUGAUGUCCUGUCAGUGAGUGAUCUGGAGAAUGGCAUGGUCGAGAUAGGAGUCCAUAUAGCUGACGUUUCAUACUUUGUGAAGCAAGGAAGUCUUCUAGACCUCGAGGCUAGAUCUCGCGGAACCACUGUCUAUAUGGUUGGAAAAAGCUGGCAUAUGCUUCCUUCAGUUUUAAGUGAAAAUCUCUGCUCGUUAGUUGGAGGAAAAGAUAGGCUGGCUGUAAGUGUAAUAUGGACAUUGGACCGCCAAAACAAUUUUGAAGUUGUCAAAACAUGGUUUGGAAGAACGAUAAUACGUUCUCGAUACCAGCUCUUCUAUGCUCAAGCUGAAACUAUUAUGGAGGGAAAACGUUUACUUCCCGGCUGGGAAAUUAAGAGCGGCUCCAAUGAUCUGUCCCAGUUACAAAGUGACCUCCUUCUGCUUGGUACUUUUGCUCAGAGCAGACGCUUAUUUAGGCGGCUCAAUGGUGCUUUGGAAUUAGCCAGUACGGAACUAAAGUUCGAAAUUGAUGAGAGAAGAGAGCCUGUGCAAGUGGAAACGAAAGUUGAGCUACCUAUGAAUUGGAUAGUUGCGGAGAUGAUGAUUUAUGCCAAUGCUUGUGUUGGUGAGAAGAUCUACCGAGCAUUUCCCAGUUGCGCACUUCUUCGGAAACAUUCUCCACCAAAGAUUGAUAGCUUCACAACGUUGCUAGAGUGCUGUGAAGCGCGAGGAUUUGUUUUGGACGUUUCAAGCAACAAGCAACUUGCAGCUUCUUUGGACCGUAUGCGCGAUAGUGGCGAUUUUGUUGUUGAGCGUGCCUUCAGAGCUCUUGUUACGCGUGCAAUGUCAGAGGCAGAAUAUUUCUCUACUGGCGAGGAUCUAGAGCCUUCUCAUUUCUAUCAUUAUGGAUUAGCGCUAGAGUUUUAUACACACUUCACGUCACCAAUACGGCGCUAUGCUGACAUCCUUGCGCACCGGAUGCUUAUAGCAGCGUGCCAGGAGCAAAACCUAGAGUCUGGCAUUGUCAAAGUUCCACAUAUAAUGAGUUCUAUUGAGCUUCAGGAGGUCGCGGAACACGUGAAUGAAAAGCACAGAACCAGUAAGCGGGCUCAGAAGGAAUGCAAUGAGCUCUAUUUACUGAUGUUUCUCCAGAAACAAGCCAAAGCAGAGCUUGCUGUGGUCAUCGGUGUCACAACGAAGGGUAUUAUGGUGUUCGUACCCAAAUACGAUCUCCGUGGUCUCGUGCUUCUGGAGGAUAAAAAUGGGCGAGUUAUAUUACCUGAAAUGCAUUCUGAGACGUCAGAGAAACAAUAUCGCCUAAUCAAACAGAAGACAAGCAUAAAAAUUACUGAUGUUACAGAUGGACGGUGUGACAGAGAAUAUAAACUCAUGGACACGGUUUGGGUUCGACUCAGAGCAGAUGGUACGUCUAUCUGUUUCUCUGGCUUGCUUCGCUUUUUAAGCUUUAUGACAGGCUCGCGAGCACAUGGCCCGACUCUUCGUAUGGAUUUGCUAAGCGAAAGGCAUCCUUUAGUGCUGGCUGCGCAAACUGAGAACCUCUCGUCCUCUAUAUCACAGCUGGACUUGUUCAAACCAGACAUCAAAACGAGUGCAAACCUCGAAAGGAAUAAGGCCAUACAAGCGAUGGCGGCUUUGGAGAAAGCUUGCAGGAUCAGUGCAGACAAUGCUGCUCCAGUGCAUAAGCGGAGGAAGCUAGCCGUUGUUGACGUCUUACAGAACGCUUUUCAAGCCAAAGCAUUACCUCUUUUCUCCAUCAAUUCGGCUGUUGAGGAUCAAACUUUUUCUGCGGCUCUUGGAAACUCGGACCUGAAUUCGGUAACAGUGUCACUUGCAAGCGACAAAGAGACAGGCGCACUAGCAGUCAACGAUGAAACCCAGAUGCAAUUAUCACUUCGCAGAAGGUGGCAGGAACGCCUGGCUCAGGCUGGAUUUACGAAAGCCAGAUUGACAACCUCUACCUCAUCAAAUGAAAGCCCACGACAGGUUGCUAGAGCAAACAGAGAAGCUCAAUUCCGUGCUUAUGGCCAAUCAAUCGGCUCUACUGUAUAUUAGAAACUUUUCAAGUUUCUCAAUCGGGGCUUCUUCUCGACAUGGGAUAUGCUGUUUUGUUGUUGGUGAUGGUUCUACUCUCCUCCACAUUUACAAAUUGCGCGAACCAUUGGACAACGCAGCCAGUCUCUGCCGCAGACAAGCAUGCGCCGGAGUGGAGCUGUCAUCGAUUUGAAGAGGCAAACAAACAUGAGAAGAAACCCAAGCACUGCAAGGCUAUCAAGAGGCCAAAGCAUCCAAAGCCUCCUAAAAAGGCUAAAAGGUCUCCCAAAAUUCCAGAGGCACUCUAGGAGCAAUCCUUGACUUCUAAUUCUCAGCAACUACAAUCUUAUCGUCCUUUUGUUUUCAAAGGCGAACAAUCAUGUAAUUUCUUCAUUCGGUUCUUUCGCAUAAGCAUGGAAGGGGCUGCCUUUUCAUCGCGCUUGAUUUGAGAUAGGUGCCACAAAUCACAAACGUUGAUGGCCAUGUCCAUAACGUUUAAAUAUUCAAGGCAAAAGGUUGACUAUUACCGUGAUAAGCAGAUUAAAUCAAAUCAACCACAUCAUUGUAUCA